AUGACAUUACUCUUUGUCUCCUUGCAGGCAAUAGCACCCUUAUCAGGCUAUCCCGGGACGGUCAUCGCUGUUAAUAAAGCCCGGGUAAUACCCAGCCAUCAGGCACUCACUAAACCAACCCCUACCGUUAUCCACAACUCCAAUGGCGGACUUGAAGAGGAAGAGCAUGAGUUCAUGAGGAAGAGGCAGCUUGUGUCUACAAUCGAGACUCGAACCUCCCCUAGCAGAUCCCUCCUCCAGCCAGGACCGUACCCUGGCUACUGCACCCUCAGGAACGGAGGACUUCCGCUUCAGGAUCUCAGCAACAUACCCACCAAACCGCAGGAGUUGAAGCAAAUUAACUUCAACCCUUGUAGUUCUCCUGAAACUACACAAACAAGAACAAUGCUGCCUCCCAAUCUCUCUGCUACAGUUAGUCCUGUGAAUAAUUCUGAAAUCACUUUGAUGGAAGAGGAGAUUUCUCAAGAUAAAUAA